GUUGCAUAAUCCUUCUAUUUGCAUUCUAGUCUCUGCCGUCUGCCAGAGUAGGACAUAUCAGACCCGCUCCAGCUCCCUUUGUCCUGAAACUCUGACCUGGAAGGUGAUUGAAGAAGGUGCCCAGUGAGGACUGAGCAGGGAAGGGAGUCAGCAGGCCAGCCGGGGUGCGCUAGGUCUCUCGGCCUUCUGCUGCCACACAGCAGGAUGGAAGCCCACAAUGUGUCAGCCUCACUCAACUUCACCCUGCCACCCAACUUUGGGAAGCGCCCCACCGACCUGGCACUGAGCAUCAUCCUGGUGGCCAUGCUGCUCAUUGUGAUGCUCUCACUAGGCUGCACCAUGGAGUUCAGCAAGAUCAAGGCUCACUUCUGGAAGCCUAGGGGGCUGGCCAUUGCCCUGGUGGCACAGUAUGGCAUAAUGCCCCUCACUGCCUUUGCACUUGGUAAGGUCUUCCAGUUGAACAACGUUGAGGCACUGGCCAUCCUGAUCUGCGGCUGUUCGCCUGGGGGAAACCUGUCCAACAUCUUCAGUCUGGCCCUGAAAGGGGACAUGAACCUCAGCAUUGUGAUGACCACCUGCUCCACUUUCUUUGCCCUGGGCAUGAUGCCCCUCCUCCUGUAUGUUUACUCCAGAGGGAUCUAUGAUGGGGACCUGAAGGACAAGGUACCCUAUGGAGGCAUUGUGCUGUCACUGGUCCUGAUUCUCAUUCCUUGCACCAUAGGGAUCUUCCUCAAUGCCAAACGACCACAAUAUGUACGCUACGUCAUCAAGGGAGGGACGAUCAUCAUACUUUUGCUCAGUGUGGCCGUCACAGUGCUCUCUGCCAUCAAUGUGGGCAAGAGCAUCAUGUUUGUCAUGACACCCCACUUGUGGGCCACCUCCUCCCUGAUGCCUUUCAUCGGCUUUCUGCUGGGCUACGUUCUCUCUGCUCUCUUCCGCCUCAAUGGACAGUGCAGCCGCACUGUCAGCAUGGAGACCGGAUGCCAAAAUGUUCAGCUCUGCUCUACCAUCCUCAACGUGACUUUCCCCCCUGAGGUCAUCGGACCACUUUUCUUCUUUCCUCUCCUCUACAUGAUCUGCCAGCUUGGAGAAGGGCUUCUCCUCAUUGCCAUCUUUCGGUGCUAUGAGAAAAUCAAGCCUUCCAAGGGUGAGUCCUGAGUUAUUCUUGGCUCCCAU